CACAAGGGCUUCCUUCUCUAGCUUGAAGUCAUGAAGAGAAUUGGUUAUACAUCGAGGAGAUCUACAGCUCGCACCCCAUCACACUGUACCGACGCAUUCGAUAACACGGGCAGCGCAUUCCAUCCAACCCUCAGGCCUCAACUACAAGUACCCGCACGGCGAGUGCUAGUCUCCGCAUCGGACAGCUAGGAGCGCCCACGAGGGUACGUUGAGGUUCCCUUAUUAUUUCUGCGCCUCGACACAAGAUGAACAGCAGGUCGAAUCUACUGAACGCGGGCAAGGAAACCAAGCAAUGCCUGCAAUCACAUCAGGUAAGAUCCUCGUCACUGGCGCCAAUGGCUACAUCGCCCUGUGGCUCGUGCGCAAGCUACUUGACCAAGGGUACGCCGUGCGCGGCACGGUCCGUUCGGAGGGCAAGGCUCGGCACCUCCGCGAGACGUUCAGGUCGCACAACAGGCUUGAGACCAUCGUCAUCGAGGACAUCACGAAGGAAGGUGCCUUCGACGAGGCAGUGAAUGGUGUCGACGCCAUCGCGCACCUAGCCUCGCCGGUCGUGUUGGGUGUCGACAACCCGGAGGAGCUCAUCGCACCCGCCGUGCGCGGCACCAUGCGCGUGUUCGAGUCCGCACUUGCGUACGGUACCAGCGUCCAGCGUAUCGUCCUCACAUCGUCCUGCGCUGCAAUCCGCGAGUUCCGCGACCUACCGCGUACGUUCACCGAAGAAGAUUGGAACGAUGCGUCACUCGCAGAGGUGCGGGCCCGCGGGCCCGCUGCAUCGAUUACGGACAAAUACUGCGCGAGCAAGGUCCUCGCAGAGCGUGCGGCUUGGGAGUUCGUUGAGAAGAACAGACGGGAGGGAAAGAUCGGCUGGGACCUCGUCGUAAUCUGCCCGUCGUACGUAUUCGGACCGCCGAUGCUGCCCGUGCGCUCUCCCGCAGAGAUGGCCAACAGCUUGCGAGAGUGGUACGAGACGGUGAUCGUCAAGGCGAAGGACCAAACGGAUGUGCGGUCGGAUGGAAUGGUCGUCGAGAUGUGCUGGGUCGACGUCCGAGACGUCGCGGAGGCGCACGUGCUUGCUUUCCAGAAGAAAGAGGCGGGCGAAGAGCGAAUCAUCGCAUCGGAAGGGCCCUGGAGGUGGCAGGACUUCGUCAAAGCCGCGCAUGAAGCCGAUGCGUGCCUACCUCCUGGCGAUGCCACCUAUGACCCUACCGUCGCAGGGCACAGCUUCUUGUUCGACGCUGCCAAGUCUAUGAAUAUUCUUGAGCUCAAGUACCACACGAAGCAGGAGAGUACCGACGACAUGAUUCGCGGGUUCAAGGCGCACGGAUUGCUGUAGUGGCCUAAUGUGAUCUGCGAUAAGAACUUGAUUGCAAAGACAUUAUCGCGUCUUCGAGGAGGACAGAUUUCGAUAUCGAUAUCGAUCCUCCGCUUCUCAUGAAGAGACGAUGAUCGACACAGGCCUAGCCAUAGGUUCGCAUGGAGUAUAUCUUGCAAUUAAAACGACUACCGGGUCUCUCCUCACUCAGGGACGUCGCGGACUAGUAGGCCACGACCGGAACAUUGUUUGUAUGUCCGAUGUCACAGGAUGAGGCCUAUGGCCCAUGGGUCCGUCACAAAGCGCGAGGGGGGCGACGACUAGGAAAAU